GGGCUGCUGAGUUAGAGGGGAAACCGCUGAUCAUGAGUGGAGGUGAGCUUCAGCGGAGACCUCGGUCGUUCAUGGCCUCAGUGAGCAAUCACGUUGUGCCAUUGUAAGGUGCAGAUAGUAAGCCAUUUAACCCUGAGGAGGUUAGGGUUAUCGUAACAUCAUUGCAGCAGCCUGCAGUAUUUCUUAAUAUGGUUUCUGACUGGCCAGCACUGAAGUGGAAUGUCGAGCAUCUUUCACGUCUCCUUAAUGGAAAGCCAUUAAAGUUUAGGAUUGGAGAAAGGAAGGUGACUAAAGUUCCUCAGUUUGAAACACACUGUGAGUACAUACAGGCCACACUGCAGGAGUUCUUAGACUGGCUUCACGAUGAAUCCGACGACUCAGCUGGACAAUUCGCUGCUUUCCCUCGUUCUCGCUAUUGGGGCUAUUGUGAUUACAAGUACGUCGCCAUGGUCUUCGAAGAAAAGGCUGAGGUCUUCCAGGACGUAAUUUGGUCUGACUUUGGGUUUCCUGGGAGAGACGGACGGGACAGCACACUCUGGAUUGGUACUGAAGGGGCAAACACUCCCUGUCACCUUGAUUCCUAUGGAUGCAAUCUGGUGUUACAAGUGCAAGGAAGAAAGAGAUGGCAUCUUUUCCCCCCAGAAGACACAGCCUCCCUGUAUCCCACUCGUAUUCCUUAUGAGGAGUCUAGUGUAUUUAGCAGUGUGAACGUGGUCAAUCCUGAUUUGGAGCACUUCCCUCGAUUUCAUGGAGCUAAACCGCAUGUUGUGACAUUGCAUCCAGGAGAGGUUCUAUUUGUUCCCAGACAUUGGUGGCACUAUGUAGAAUCGUUGGAUCCUGUAACUGUCAGCAUUAACUCCUGGAUUGAACUGGAUGAUGACGAUGAAACCAGAGUUGGGGAAGCAUUGGCUCGUACUGUGGUCUGUGCUCUCAAGGCUGCAGAUCCUCAUGUUCCUACUGCCAGCUGGCUGAAUACCACGGAGGCUGAAGUCACUUCACAUGAGACAAACUUGCAUUAUGUCAAUCUUGCAGUUCAGGCCUGUAUAGAUAAGCGAAAGGUUUGCUCCUCAAAGGGUAGAAACCCAUCAGCACGGAGUUUGCCUAGCUUUAAGAGAAGGAAAUGUGAUUCAGGUGAUGGAGCAGGAUACUCAGCAGUUGCAGAUGCAGAUCCUAAACCUGCCCUGACCACCAGCAUUCCUUUUGGGCCUAAUCUACUUCCGGUGGUCCAAGAUACAGGAGCAACAGCCAAGCACAGAGUCCCCAGUGACUCGAGCAAGGUGAAUAUUUCUCUUAGCAAUAACUUGGAAGCUAAUAAUUGUAGUGGAAAAGUGGGCAGUAAUUCCAAAAAUACUGGAGUUCACAGCACAACAAUAUCCACUGAUGAGUUGCUGAACUGUUUGGUUCACCCUGACGUGAUCAGUUUAAUGACUGAAAUUCUGCUGGACUGUCACUUCUCUCAUUAGUCAGACAAGCUCUUCAAUGUCGAUUGAUUUUAUUUUUUUAGUGUGGAAAUAAACUAUUCCUAAAAUAAA